CCCAUGCAGCAGCCCAAGCUGUGCGCUUCUCCUGGGGGAAGCUGAUGGCUGUAGCUGAUCAUGCUUUGACAGAUCUUGAAGAGAGCUGGAACGUAUUGUAGGAGGCACCCUUUCCAAAUGCAGCUCUGUCUGUGAAACUCGUUUAAGUCAUCAGGCAGCGAGUUGACAGGGGAUCUGUUCGUCAUGACUUUUGCCGAACUCCUCGACAGCGUUGGCGGCAUGGGCCGCUUUCAAAUCAUCCACGUCACUUUGCUUGUUAUCCCAGUUUUAAUGACAGCCUCUCACAAUCUCCUGCAGAAUUUUUCCGCUGCUGUCCCAGGACACCACUGCCAGAUCCGUGCAGCUGCCAACAACACGCGUGGUGCAAAUGCGACUCACAGGCUGAGCGCCAAAGAUCUCUUGAGGGUCUCCAUCCCCAUGGAUGGGGACUGGGAGCCAGAGAAGUGUCGCCGGUUCAUCACCGCCCAGUGGCAGCUCCUAAAUUCCAAUGCAACAGUCUCAAAUGGGACCGAGAUGGAAACAGAGCCAUGCACGGAUGGGUGGACCUAUGAUAAGAGCAUCUUCACCAACACCAUCAUUAUGGAGUGGGACUUGGUGUGUAACCUGCGCACGCUCGGACAGAUGGCUCAGUCGAUCUACAUGGCUGGGGUGUUGGUGGGAGCGCUCGUGUUUGGAAGCUUAGCGGACAGGUUCGGGCGGAAGGCUCUCCUGAGCUGGUCUUACCUGCAGAUGGCUGUCGCGGGCACCUGCACGGCCUUCUCACCCAAUUUCACCGCAUACUGCAUCUUCCGCUUCCUGGUCGGGAUGGCCCUUUCUGGGGUGGUCCUCAACUGCAUGUCACUGGUCGUUGAGUGGGUGCCAACCAAAGUACGGACCAUCGCUGGCACGGUGGUGGGAUACUGCGCUACCAUUGGACAGAUUGUUCUUGCAGGCUUGGCAUAUGCCCUCCCGGACUGGCGCUGGCUACAAUUCACUGCAUCAAUGCCCUUCUUUGUCUUCUUUCUCUACUCCUGGUGGUUUGCCGAGUCCGCUCGCUGGCUGGUUCUAUCAGGAAAACCGGACCGAGCAGUGCAGGUGCUUAAGAAAGUUGCUCAGAUAAACAGAAAAAAAGAAGAAGGAGACAAGCUCGAUACUGAGGUCUUGAAAUCCAACAUGCAGAAGGAAAUGGCCUUGGCACAAUCAUCCCACACGUUCUACAGUUUGGUCCGUACACCCAAUGUACGCAGGAUAUCCUGCUGCAUCGCCAGUGUCUGGUUUGCCACCAGCUUUGCCUUCUAUGGCUUGGCCAUGGACCUGCAGCAUUUCGGCUUCAACAUUUAUCUCAUCCAGGUGGCUUUUGGCUCCAUCGACAUCCCGGCCAAGCUGGCUGCUGCCAUCGGGAUGAGCUUCAUCGGCCGGCGUGUCACCCAGGCAGCUUCCGUUAUCCUGGCAGGGCUGGCGAUCCUGGCCAACAUAUUUGUGCCACGAGAGCUGAAGGCUUUACGUACAUCCCUGGCUGUGCUUGGGAAAGGAUGCUUAGCCUCUUCCUUUAACUGUUUGUAUCUCUACACCGGCGAGCUGUACCCCACAGUCAUCAGACAGACUGGCAUGGGGCUUGGAAGCACCAUGGCUCGCGUUGGUGGCAUAGUAGCUCCAGUGAUAAGGGUGACGGGGGAAUAUUUCCCAUACCUUCCACCAAUCAUAUACGGGACAGCUCCUAUAAUUUCAGGCAUUGCUGCUAUAUUCCUGCCAGAGACCCUCAACGUGCCAUUGCCUGACACCAUAGAAGAAGUGGAGAGAGGGAAAAAGGCCAGAAACCUAAAGAAUGAAGAUCAAAAGGAGAAGAUUCUUCUGCAGACGGAGGGGCCAGUAAUGCUGCAAGAAGUCUGAUGGUGCGAUGAGAGAGGGGGGCCCUUGGGUUAGGUUCAAAGUGUCACCCAUGUUUCUGUACACAGCAGUACAUCUUCAGGGGGCAGGUCUGUCCCCUGCUGCAGAGCAGAGAGGUGUCACAUGGGAGUUAUAACAAAUAAAUGGCAGAUUCCUCAGUCUUGGCAAUCUCUCGCACACACACUUGGAUAUUCGCACUGUUACAUACAUGCACAAGCACUCACGUUCAUGUUCACACUUGCACUCGUGGAUACACCCACCCCCAUUCAGACAUGCACACAAAAACACUCUCUUUCAUACUGUCUUGCACAUG